AGCUACUUCAUGUUAUCUCUUCCAAAGCAAUCCCAACCAGCGCUCCUAGAUAGUUCUUCCGUUCCCUAAUCGUCUUAUCAGUGCCAUGCAUCGUCGUUGCUCUUGGAAGAUAUUAUCCCGCGACUUGGUGAUCUCUCUUUGCGGAGCUGCACGUAGCACAAGUAGACUCAACUUAGUCCACGUUGGAUCAUCAUUUGGAUACGUUCGUGACGCGUUUCAGACUGAACGAUGGAACCCAGCAGACUGGUACUGUACACGAACCGCAAGAGUCCACCGUGCCGGGCCGUGAAGCUGACUGCCCGGGCACUCGGCAUCGAGCUGUUCGAAAAGGAGAUGACGCUGCUGCGCGGUGACAAGCUGAUGGAAGAGUUCCUCAAGGUGAAUCCACAGCAAACCAUACCCGUGCUGGACGAUGGUGGUAUCGUUAUCACCGCCAGCCAUGCCAUCAUGAUUUAUCUCGUGUGCAAGUACGGCCGUGACGACGGUCUCUAUCCGAGCGAGCUGGUACGGCGGGCCCGGGUCCAUACGGCGCUACACCUCGAGGCGGGUGUAAUCUUUUCGCGGUUAAGUUUUCUGUUUGAACCGGUCAUUUAUUCGGGCAAAUCGUACUUCCACUCCGAUCGGAUCGAACACAUCCGGAAGGCGUACCGCUUGUUGGAAGAUUCGCUCGUUGAUCAGUACAUGGUGGGCGAGAGUCUCACGAUUGCCGACUUUAGCUGCAUCUCCAGCAUUGCCACGCUGGUCGGUGUGGUACCGCUGGACGAGUCCAAGUUCCCGAAGAUCACGGCCUGGAUGCGGCGCAUGCAGGAGCUGCCGUACUACGAGGAAGCGAACGGUACCGGGGCGCUCGAGCUGGCCGAGUUUGUGCUGGGCAAGAAGGAAGCCAAUGCUUCCCAGUUCCUGUGACGGAAGAGGGGUGACGAAUCUCUAUGGUAAUAAAACACAGCGUCUCAUUUGUUUGAUUUUUAAAUGCAAA